GCGCGAAAAGAUUUCCCACGACAAUCCAGAACAUUCCGGAAGGUUCCGGUGACUCAUAGAUAAUGAUAGAUUCCAACAGCUACGAUUGCCGAACAGCGAGGAUGUUUAUAGCGCGUAGCAAGUCUACGCAGUUGGGUUGGGCUGAGCAUUCCCGUUUCCCAUUCCCAGAUUACCUCACCAAAUGGCAUGGCCAGUGAUGGGUAUGUCCCACUUCAAAUCCAUCGCUGUGGGUGCCUUUUCCGGGAUAGUACUCCAGGCUGCACUCCUCGGUGUAAUUACCAUCCAGACUUUUCUCUAUUACGAAAGGUUUUCCAAGGACCAUAUCUCUCAGAAGACCGUCAUCGGAUUCUUAUGGCUCGUGCAGAUGUUUCAAGUGAUAACUUCGCUUUACGUGUACAUAUGGAUUGUUGAACAUGCUGGGGAGCCGGUUUUAAUAAAAUGGUUUGAUACUUUCUACCAGUUAUCUAUGGUUAUUUGCUCUGCCAUCGUUCAAUUUUUUUUCGUCCUAAGACUCUAUCGACUCAGUGGAUCGAUCUGGCUACCGAUAUCGCUUAUUUUGCUAACUCUGGCGCAAUUUGGGACCGGUGUUGUGCUCUUUAUUCAGGCAAAUGUUACUCACGGUCUCGAAAGCGUACUCUUUUCCAAACACCCACUCACUAUAUCGUGGCUAACACUAGAGGCAGUGGCUGAUCUCGUGAUUGCCUUCGCUAUGUCAUAUUUCCUCCAGAAGCGUCGCACAGGAUUUCGGCGGAUGGAUACAGUGUUACGGAAGUUAACAGCAUAUGCCAUCAGCACCGGCCUGCUGACUGGGUAUGAUUUUGUGUUGUCGUUACUGAACUAGGUUAAGCUUCCUCUGUUUCCCCAACUUAGCAUUCUGGCGCUGGCUACCAUGUUUUCUGUAUGUUUAUUUUUUUCAACUUUUCUGAUGUGUAAUCCUGACGGCCUUUCUCGGGGCAGGUUGCGUUCCACAGCCCCCAAUUUAUCCCCAUGAUUUUCGUCUUUGUGAGUAAAACCUGUCUUUCAAUGCAGAUGCUUGGCCUUAGUAAUAC